AGGAUGCUUUGCCAACGGUGACGCUAUUCACCGGCGCCGACGGAAGAGCACCUGACUGAGCGGAAGUAGAGAUCUCUGAGGCGAGGAAGGUGAGGACGAGAGGAACUGUGAAGCUUUUCAGCUUCACCUCCCUCACUGAUUCAGCAUGGGGGAUAAGUCAGAGAACUGUAGGGUUCCAGAGGAUCUGUUCACUGGUUUGAAAGUUACAGAUCCCCAGGAAGCAGAGUGUGUUAACCCUCCAGUAUCCAGUGCCAAAGAGCAUCAUUCCCGGAGCGAGCUGCUCAAGGAUGUCGAGGCCCAGCCCCAGGAGGACCAGGGAGAGGAGGAGUGCUUUCAUGACGCCAGUGCCUCAUUUGAGACGGAGGAGCCAGGAGUGGACAAGAUUGAGAACAAACCUGAGGAUGAUAUGAAUUCCUCUGAACUAGAUGAAGAAUAUCUAAUGGAACUGGAAAAGAACAUGCCAGAUGAAGAGAAAAAGAGAAGGAGAGAAGAGAGCUCUAGACUAAAGGAGGAGGGAAAUGAGCAGUUUAAGAAGGGAGAUUACAUAGAAGCCGAAAGUUCUUAUACUCGAGGCCUUCAGACGUGUCCCUCCUGCUUCCAGAAAGACCGGUCUGUUCUGUUUUCAAACAGAGCUGCGGCAAGGAUGAAACAGGACAAGAAAGAGAUGGCCAUCAGUGACUGCAGCAAAGCAAUUCAAUUAAACCCCAGCUACAUCAGGGCAAUACUGAGGAGAGCAGAGUUGUAUGAGAAGACUGACAAGCUGGAUGAAGCCCUGGAAGACUAUAAAUCCAUAUUAGAAAAAGACCCAUCAGUACAUCAAGCAAGAGAAGCUUGCAUGAGAUUACCUAAGCAAAUUGAAGAACGUAAUGAAAGGCUGAAGGAAGAGAUGUUAGGUAAACUAAAAGAUCUUGGGAACUUGGUUCUCCGGCCUUUUGGACUCUCCACAGAGAAUUUCCAGAUCAAACAGGAUUCUUCUACUGGCUCCUACUCCAUCAAUUUUGUUCAAAAUCCAAAUAACAACAGAUAACAAAGAUAACAAUAGCUUUUAUAGCUGGCUUGGAAGUUGUGUGCUGCUUGUAUUAGCAAGGGGAAAGGCCCUGCCAGUGUUUUAACUUCUAAAAGCAUCUGAUCUCAGAGACAGGCCGUCUCGUAGAGCCCAGCGCUCCCUUCUCUCCCUUGUUUUACGAUCAGGGUGAAAUGCACUUCCUGAUACAGUGAGCCUCAUUUGAUUUCCAUUUUACGGUGGUGUCUGUGCUGCUGUUGCACUGGUUCUGGCUGUCCUUUGUUUUGUCCAGGAGAAAGCCUGCUUAUCGAGACUCACCUCCCUGAGCUCCACAAACACAAACCCAGCUGGAGUUUCCUGGGCCAAGCAAACCUGCCAGGCAGACUACCCAGCCACGCGUGAUGGGGUCCCUGCCUGCUGUCCCCUCACCCCGAUUGCACACACUGCCCUGCGUGGGCUCCAGCAUCUCCUGGUUUCCUCUGGUAAUAAAUGCUUUCUGUGACAGUC